AUGGAGUUCUACUACCAGUACCUGAGCAGCGGCGGCUACAGCACCAAGGAGAAGAGGCCGCCGCUGAAGAGGGGCCAGCUGAAGCGCCAGAUCGUGAGGACCAUCGGCAAGCUCGUGGUGCCGGGCGGCGACGGCAGUGGCGGCCCCAACCAAGUCCAAGCGGCGGGCGGGAAGUUCUGA